GUCCAGUGUGCUUCACUUGUUCAGCGUUCUCGUCCCGUGCUCAGUGUUUGAUUGGAGUCCGUGCAGCAGUUAGUCUCUCACUGCGUUUGGUACCAGCCUUUUCCUUUCGGUCAGCCCCACACAUUCGCCUCGAUUGAGUGUUUCUUUCUUUUCGCGGUGAAAAAUCUAAUUUUCAAACUAGUUUCGCGGUGUCUUCCUACCCGUUCCCAAUUAAUUUGAAGUCAUUUGUGCGUGUAUAAGUGUGUAUUGUUGUUUUUUGUCUGCUACAACUUUUUGUUUCUUUUUUGGAGCCAACUACGAGCCAACGUCCAAAAUAAUCAUGAAUGAACAGCACGAUCCUAUCGGCAUAUUGGCCACGAUCUUUGGCACGGAGAGGCUCGAAGAUGCGAACUUUCUGUUUGAUUACCAGCUGCGACUGCUGUACCAAUCGUUUACAUCCAGCUGGAAGACGGUCGACUUUUUCUCAUCGGAGAUGGCCUGCUACCAACGCCAGCACAAAUCGAUUAAACUGACGAGCCGUUGCAUCAUGGUUGAUAAUCGGGUGAUAGUGCCACGCCACCUCCGGACCCAGUGUCUGGAACACUUUCACCGGGGCCACGCCGGGUACGGGCCGAUGCAGCAGCAGGCAGCCAGGUUCCUGUACUGGCCGACGAUGGAUUACGACAUCGUGGAGUUUAUUCGAGCAUGCGCCGUCUGUGACACGAUGAUGCCGCGCAUCCCCAAGAACUACUGCAGCCUGCCUUGGAUGCAGUUUAUCGUGCGCAUCGUUCCGCUGAAAUCUCGGUUCCUGCUGGUGGCAAUCGAUACGUCUUCCCUCUGGCCGGAAGUGGAGAUCGUUACGAACAAACGGCCCACCGCGAUCGUGUGCACGCUACGGUCGAUGUUCUCCCGAUUUGGUUUGCCGAAGCUGCUCCUGACCGAUCUCGAGGACCCGUUCAACACCACUUACUUCCAGUCCUUCUGCCGGGAGGAAGCGAUCAGACACGAGCCGAGCAUUCCGAUUCCGAACUGCUCGGCGGAACAUUUUAUUACCGGCCUGACGUGUGCCAUCCCUUUUAUCCACAACACUGGCAAAACGCUCUCGGCGGCCGUGAAGGAGUAUUUAGAGAUUUAUCGCACCACACCGUGCACCUUCCUGCCGGGCAACCGAUCACCAGCCGCAGUGCUGUUGGCCUACCCGCCGAAGCCGAAACCGAUCCCGUCACACUUCCUCAAUGCCAUGCACGAGAUUUUGCGCAUACUGAUAUCUUUUGGGCCGCUCGGGCACCAUAUCUUACCAGAGCCGGCAGGCCCAAGCCCAAGCCCAAGCAAACAACAACAGCACCGAACGAACGGCCACUAGCUCAUCGGCCUACAGGUAUGCGUGUAUGUUUAGGGAAAGCUUUCACGUUACGCACCUGUGGUUCCGUGUAGCGCAUCCCGCCUGCGAGCACCAUGUAUUAAUGUACUUAUGUUUGAUUUCUCUGUUUCUUCGUUUUCUUUCUCGUUUCCUUCUGUUAGUCGCCCAUCACGUCGCCUCGAUUUGUUUUUGGUUUUUUUCUACACUAUUGUUUAAUUCCCGGCCAGCCUUUGAGGCGAAAAGCUGUUUUGACCUGAAAGUAGUUUUGUUUUAAUGUUGUUGUUUUUUUUUUAAUUCGAAUCAUUACACUAACAUCGUAGUUGAAAUUUAGUGGCCCUAUCUAUGAUGCUAUUCGGCGUAGCAAGCAUCUUCAUCUUAGCCUUAUUCAAUCUCUCGCGGUUCACACCCAGCUACAG